GGGCUGAACUCAUGGAUGCCAUACAUCAUUGCACAGCACUUUUUUUCUCGUUUCGUAGUCGAAAUGGUGUAGGAAAAGGGCUGUGGAAGUAAGUUAGUUAGUUGCUGUCCUUACUGGAGUAGUUGAGGCGUGUGUUGACUAACUGGACAUGGAGCAUUACGAAAAAGCAGAAACCCACCGAUACAACGGUCCACCCGAGCCACACGAGGUCCGCGUGGCGUCGCGACACAGUACGAAAGACAUCAUUCAGCGAGCAAAGCAGUUACUCAAGGAGGAAGAACAUCAACAGGUGUUGCUCAGCGGGCAAGGACCCACCGUUGUAAAGGCCACGUCUUGUGCAGAGAUUAUCAAGCGACAACAUCCGGAUCUUCAUCAGGUGACAUCCAUACAGAGGGCACGAGUGGAAGAGAUUUGGAAGCCGAAGGACUCCAGCCAAGGCCUGGAUGACCUGAAGGUCGAACGGCAAAUUCCCGCCAUCUCCAUAUUGUUGUGUUGUGCAGCACCGGAUCCCAGCACUCCGGGAUAUCAAGCACCGUCUGAGGACACCCGGCCUGGCCAUCAGGGAGGCAAGGCGAAGCGGACGAAGACAGAGGGUGGUAGCGGCGGUGGCGGCGGCAAAAGCAAAAGGAAGCCCAAGGACUCGAGCAAGGAGAGGACUCAGGAGAAAUCCAAGGAGAGACCCAAGGAAGGCAAGGAGAGACCCAAGGAUGGACACAAGGAUGGACCCAAGGAGAGACCAGAGGAGACUUGACGAUUAAUCUGAUGUUUCAACAUUCUAAUACUGACGGUUGCUGGCGUGGCGAUCAGUCGAUGGACAGCUUGAACUCUGGGCUUGAGUUGACUCCCUGUUCCUCCCGUCAUACACUCUUGUGCUGACACGAAGAGUGCUGCCUGUGGGGAGGCUAUUAUUUCAACUAGAGCACUGGCAUUCUGGUGCUGGUGUUUCCUGUGCUGGAUGGUCAGGUUAGUAGUCAUCCCUCUAGGCCGAGGAAGGCCUCACUAAGUGGUGUGAUUUGCUCCAUGUGAGGGUCACUUACCAACUGAAACAAUCUUGAUCCGAGUUUCCAGGGUGUCCAGCCACUCAAGGACGUUUAAACACUCCCAGAGCCUGCACGAUUCUGACUCUGCGCUGGAUGUGGCCUACCUGCGUACACUCUGUCGUUAGAAGAAGGCCUCUUCUCGCAUCAUCUUUGUCUGGUGUAAUAGGAUAGCCCCCUGUCAGUUUCUACUGGGGCGUAAUGUUCUUAGGGGCCAUCAGCAUGCCUACGUUAAUUGCCUGUGGAGUAUGGUUCUUUCGACUUCUUUCUGAGUCAUUGCUGAGUUCUGUUCAGACGAGUAGCUGUGCUGAAUGCACCCAAACACACCUUUUGAUAGUGUACUGCAGUACUGGUAGUUAUUCAUGCUAUCAGAUUCUGGUUUUACCCCCCUCUCCUUGUCCUGGUGUGACGCACUGGCGUUCUGCCUUUCCUCCCUGUGACGGGCAUGCUUUUUUGGCCCGCUCCACGCGCCUCCCUCCCUCCAUAUUGGCCUAUAUUCCCUGGCCACGGGAAGGUGGAAUAAAUAAAUUGGUUCAGUGUCACUGUU